AUGGACCUCACAACUUUGUUUUACAAUCUUCGCGAAGAAGUGUCUUGUUCGGUGUGUUCGGACUUAUUUACGGAUCCUAAACAUCUCUCCUGUCUGCACAGUUUCUGCUUAAAGUGUUUGAAAGGAUGGUACCAAACGUGCGGGGGCGGAGACGCCAUUAGAUGUCCGAAGUGCCAAACCUUCUGCCAAGUUCCCGCAAGCGGUGAUCUUAAAGAUCUUCCCACCAGCUUUUAUUUAAACGGCUUGAUAGAUGUUCUUGCCAUUAAAGAAUGCAAAAACACUCAGGUGACAUGCGGAAACUGCGACAAGAAGAGCUCAGAAGCUUCGUAUUGUUUCCAGUGUUGCAUAUUUUAUUGCGAAGAAUGUUUACUCGGUCAUAACAUCAUGCGAGACAAGAAGGAACACCGCGUUUUGGCCGUAAAAGAGUUCCAAGACAGGGACUAUGAAGAUGUGUUAAAGCGACCAGUAUUUUGUUCAAGACAAGGACACCGGAAAGAGGAGCUGAAAUUAUUUUGCAAGGAAUGUGAGACGGCAGUUUGCCAAACUUGCGUCUUGCUAGAUCACAAUGGACAUAAGUUAACGCUGAUCGAGGAAGAAGCUGCGAAUCAAAGACUCGAGAUAAAAACUGUUAUCGAAACACAACGACGGAACUUAGACGAAAAAAUGAACGUUGUCACUAAGCUAGAUGAAGAUUAUGCUAAAGUGAUUCAACAGAGCGAAACUUUGAAGGGUAAUGUCCAAACAUUUGCUGAUGGAUUGAUAAAAAUAAUUCAAGCAAAAACUCAAAAUAUUAUAGCCAUGGCAGAAAAACAAACAAAGAAGUCACUUGAAAGUUUAAAAGCAAAAAGAAGCGAGAUUCAGCAUCAGAUAAAUGUCACUGAAUCAUCGUUGGAGGAAGCUGAUAAACUUUUAAAACGAAGUACCACCGCGGAAAUUGUUCAGCUGAAAAAAACACUGCAAACAAUCUUUCAGGGCGUGGAUGAGACAGAGCCUAUUGUUCGUGACCGCAGCAGUCUGCAAGAGAUUGUUUUCGUAGAAAAUCAGAAGAUGCUUGAUGUCGUAAACGACGAAGAAAUUGGAUUCUUGGAAGAAGGUUACCGAACAAAAGCAAAAGAAUCACUGGCUAAAGGCGAGGGACUGAAAGAAGGAAUUGUAGCGCGUAAAGCUCAAUUCAAUUUGAUCACAAGAAACGCAGGGAGAAAGCAGGGGUAUAAUGAACAGGACCGUGUCUCGGUAGAGAUCAACGACGAGAAAGAACGAGAAUGCGUGACGGAAGUAAGAAUAGAUGAUAACAAGGAUGGAAUCUACAGCAUCCGUUAUUUUCCCAGAGUUCAAAAGACAAUAAAGUUAUUAGUUAAGGUAAACGGGGAACAUAUUCAUGGUAGUCCUUUUGCUGUGACUGUAAAACCAUUUCAAGUCAAACCUGUUUUAUGUAUUGGAAAGAAAGGCUCUGGUGAAGGACUGUUAAAUGAACCUAUGGGGGUGGCAGUGACUGCUAAAGAUGAAAUAUUAGUAGCUGACAACCAGAACCAUCGGGUUCAAGUGUUUGACAGUAAUGGUACUUUCUUAAGAUCCUUUGGUCAUAAAGGUGAAAAUGCUGGAGAGUUUAAGAAUCCUACAGGAAUUGCCAUUAAUAAGGAUAGAAAUAUUCUUGUAUCAGAGUAUAUUAACCAUAGGGUACAGAUCUUAAGUUGGGAGGGGAGGCACCUGGGUUCAUUUGGCGGCAAAGGAAACCUUGAUAAUCAGCUCCUUAACCCUUAUGGUUUAUCCUUAGAUAGUACUGAUAAUAUUAUUGUUGCUGAUACAGGUAACCAACUGAUUAAGAUCUUUACCCGGGAUGGAAAGUUUGUAAUGAAGAUAGGUGGGCGGGGUGCUUUUAGUUUUCCUGUUCACUGUGUUCAGUGUGGUGAAUAUUUUAUAGUGUCAGACUUAGGUGAACAUUGUAUCAAAGUAUUUAACAGGGAGGGACAUUUUCAGUACAAGUUUGGUAAGCAUGGGAAAGGGGACGGGGAGUUAAAUGAUCCACGUUUUCUGUCAGUGACUCAGUCAAAGCACCUGUUGGUUUGUGAUCAAGGUAAUCAUAGAAUACAAGUCUUUGAACUGGAUGGGAAGUUUGUUGGAAAAUUCGGUAAAAAUGGCAGCAAAUUAGGAGAAUUUAAUAAUCCAUUCUCGGUAGCUGUUCUAAGUAAUGACCAAAUUGUGGUGUCUGAUCGCAACCAUAAUCGAAUUGAAAUAUUUGAAUGACAUCUUACCAGUUUUCCUAAGAAUUAUGACAAGCAUCACCAGUAGUCUUGUUCUUAUUUCUAAGUGUAGUAGGAUUACGACAUUACAAUCGUUAUUUUUCAAUUUCUUAGAAUCAAACCUUUUGUUAAAGUGCCUAUCACCUAAAAUGUUUUAUUUUCCUAUCUGAAACUACAACUUAUUAAAAUAACUUCUGCGAAAAAAUUUUGCGAUUUGAACCAAAGACGAUUUUUUUAUAAUUUUUUAAAAACGUUGAAAUUUGCCGCCAUUUUGGCACACCAUUCGACUUAGUCUUCUUGCGGGGUAUGACGUACUUUAAGGAACACGUGACUUUAUCGACAGAAAAACAUUAAAAGUUCUGGUAGGUUUUUCUGUUUCAGAAAAACUUUCUUCUUGCGAAGACAUUGUGAUUCAAUCCUUACUUGUAAUUGAUCUUUUUUGUGUACAGCUGGUGAAGGAAAGGUAAUGCGAGUUCCUUAAUUUACGUCACAUGACGUCAUAUAUGAGCCUGCUAGUUUGCGUGAUCAGCGGCGCGGGUGUACCGCAAAAAUGUGGACUUCAAAAAUUGGUUAAAAAAUCGCGUUUUGUUGAAAUGGCAAAAUUUUUUCGCAGAAGUUAUUUUAAUAAGGUAUAGUUUCAGAUAAGAAAAUGUAAAAUUUUCGGUGAUGGGCACUUUAAGUUUAGGUCAGUUUAUGAAUUGUUUUCUUGUAAGCAAGACAAUCAGGGUUUUCUCGUAUUCGCAUAUCAAUUAUCGCCCUUAGCGAAGGAUAACGAUGUACUUACUCGUUUUCACGUGUCCCAAGCACUGUCCUUACGCUUUGCGCUUUGCGCAUGGUAUCUCGUGAAGGAAGCUCUGUCACCAAUCAUUCGCGCCUCGCGUUUUGCUUCCUUCCCAUGACGCUUGGCCCUGCAAAAUAAGCCGAACACAAAUCCAAGUCUUUUCCGUGGGCAAAUAUAGAUGCCAUCUUAGUCAUUUUUGGGAAAAUGUAAUUUUCGCGAUCCCAUUUUAGUAACUUUCUGUUUUCUACUUUUUAAAGCCUUUUAACUACAGUAGGUCAUCCUGAAAUGAAUUGACACAUUGGUUUAACCCUUUAAGCCCUAAGAGUGAUCAGCGUCAAAUUUCUCCUUGUAAUAUCACUGCUUUGUAAAACACAGUGGUCAUGAGAAUUGAGGGCCUGAUCACACAAGAUGAAUCUAAUUGAUACUUCAACAAAUUCUGCCCACUGCUUCUAUUGAAAACAUAUAGGGACAACAAAUGAGAAUUUCAAUUUUGAUAUUAGGGUUUAAAUGGUUAACUUAAGUAGAAACGUAUAACAAUAUAGAUAAGCGUAGCCACUCUGUAAUAGAAAAAAAGGCUGGGAAAUAAAUAUUUACCUCUUAAGUAACCCUAUGUGAUAUGCAGUUAUUUGUUUUGUCAUACCAAUUCAGAGAUAUUAAAUAUAAGUAAUCCAUUCUACUAGGCUUGGAACCUGACAAUGUCUAACAAUAAUGCAAAUCGCUUACGUUCCAAGCACUAGCUAGUAAUUGUACAACUCUUUGUGUUUCAAUUUAUUCCCUAAGGCAAUCUAUUUCUCUUUUCUUUUACGGUCGUUCCCGUAUUUCUGCUUUGGCUCGAUAUGUUGAUGUAAAAAAGUAGUUGAGAUCAAAACUCAUGAAAAACAGAGUGGAAGUAGGAGAGGCAGACUGAGGUGUUUUGAAAAAAGAUUAGCUCCUUUUGAGUGCGUCCUGCGAUUAAUUAUCUCAUUUAAUACAUCGUUUUCCUUAAGUGUUGGACGUUGAAAGCAAUCUAAAUUGUUGAACUGUUCUUUGGUGCGAGAAGUGCAAUGAAAACGUUCUAGGCCCGAUCGAUGUUUUUCGGAUUUUCACUAGAUGGUAAGUGCUUUCGUGACAUUGUUAAAGGUUGUUUUUCACUGACGUCGGAGUCCUGGAGGGGGAGGGAGGGUACUCCCUAUAAUGACUUAUACGGGGAGGUUCCGCCCGAAAGGGGGUACCUCUUGUAGGCUUAAGCCCAAGAGGUUAGGGAUUUCACUAUUUGUGGUAUAUGAAAGGGUAGGGAAAGCUGUUCCGUCCGUAAAAGGACCUAAAAGGGCUAACAGAAGGAUUUUGUGGCUGUGAGGGAGACAAGAAAACUUCCUGGUUUCGUGAGUACUCCCCUCCCUUUGUCGAGGGUAAGAGUCAGAAUCGGACAAUGUUAGUUAUUGUCAAAGAAUAAAGCAACUUGAUCUAGCUUUUAAUAUUAGUAAUUAUUUGAUUGAUCGUGUUAAGGAAGCUACUUUUCUUGGUGUAAUUUUGGAUGAACAUUUAACAUGGAAAUGUCAUAUACAUAAUGUUGCUCGGGAAGUGUCUAAAGCCAUAGGUAUAAUUUAUAAAUCAAGUUUUUGCCUUAAUAAUUCCUCCUUACGGAUGCUUUAUUUUAGCCUUAUCUACCCAUACUUAUUCUACUGCGUGAGCGUCUGGGCAUCGACCUACCCAUCAAACAUCAGAAGAUUAAUCACACUUCAAAAACGGGUCUUAAGAAUAAUGUCGAGGAGUGCUUUCGAUGCUCACACUGAUCCCUUAUUCAAAAAUUUAAAAAUUCUGAAUCUUGAGAGUAUCUACAAACUUCAAAUAGGAAAAUUUAUGUAUCAAUACAAAUCUGGCUUACUUCCUUAUAGCUUCAAUAAUAUGUUUUUGGUGACACGCCAGGUGCAUUCUUAUGGCACUAGAAGUUCGGAGCUUUCUAAAAUCCUAAAUUAUUUAACUCUCUUAGUUUUGAAAUUCGAAAUGCAACAAGUACCGCUUCCUUUUGCUGUAAGCUGAUAAGCUGAAAGCAUUCCUCUUACCAUAAAUAGUAAUUUAUAUUUUUUAAUUUUUUUUGUUUGUUUCUGGUUUGUUUGUUUUUUUGUUUUUGUUUUGUUUUGUUUUUACCUUUGCUCUUUUAUUUUCAUUUUUUUCUUUUUGUCAUUUCGCUUUUUUUAGCCCAAAACUAUAAUUAGUACGACUAUCUAAUAUAUUUUAAGAUUUACUGUAGCUCUGCCAUUGAUUUCCCAUGUGUAAUUAUGAUAAUAUUUUGUUCUAAUUAUUUAACUGAGGGAGCCCAUUCCUUAUAAGCCCGGUGGCUUCUCUUGGGCUUCCUCGCCAUGAGAGUUUAAAUGAUUAGAUUUUUUUGCUUUGUACAACUUACGGCAAAACAAUAAAGUUAAGUUAAGUUAAGUUAAGUCAGCUGCACUUAAUUAGAGAAGGAGAAUAUUCGGUCUCUGUUGGUUUUUUGUGAACGUCAACGAUUCCGGAAACGUUUGAGCUGGCCUUUUUAACCCUUUAAGCACCAAUAUCGACAUACAAAUUCUCCAAAUUGGUCUCUAUACAUUUUCAUAUUGAAUACGUAAAGAGAAUUUGGUAUAGGAUCAAAGUAUUAUCUCUUAGGCAAUUAUUUCAUUACUUCUCACAACCUUUUCUCUUGAUUGUCUAUUGAUUUUGUCGGAGAAAAUUAAUGUUUGUCAGUUUUGGGACUUAAAAGGUUAAUGUCUUUCAUAAAUCUAUAUAUCGUUUCUGUUCCCUUUAUCAUGCUUACUUACUACUCCCAAAUUACUAGACAACACGUAGUAUUAAAAUUCAAAUUGCAUCUUUUAAAGCUGUGGUUUCACGCUCUGAUCGUGCUUUAGAAAGGUUUCACAGAUUUCACUUUGUUGUUAACCAUUGUUUUGUCUCCAGGUUUCAAAAUGAUUGUCAUUUACGGUACUCACGCGCUGAAGCUGGCGCGACAGGGACUCUAACAUAAGCGUUCCGUGAUUGGUUCCUUAGAAGAUAAAAAGCUACAAGGCUUGAUUGAAUGGUACAUAUUUGCCACUCAGGUCAUAAUGUAUCUCAAGUAACUCUAAUUGUUACUGGAUCUUACAAUUAUUUUCAAUCCUACCAAGAGAGUUUCUGUUUAAAUUUGAAAUACCAUCCAGUUCACACAUUUUAUCACACAAAUCUUACCCCGGGGAAGGUCAUUUCUGGGAAUCAUAAACCACAACGAAAACAAUAACAAAUAACAACCCUCUCACAAAGAGGCUCUUUGAUUGGUUCAUUCUCUUUUGAGAUUCCGGGAAACGCUAAACAUAGACAAUCACAAGACUUCAUUGUUCAGUGUGAACUGCUUCAAGGGUCACAGCUCACUUGUGGUUGACGACAUCAUGGACCUAACAACUUUGUUUCACAAUCUUCGUGAAGAAGUGUCUUGUUCGGUGUGUUCGGACUUAUUUACGGAUCCUAAACAUCUCUCCUGUCUGCACAGUUUUUGCUUAAAGUGUUUGACAGGAUGGUACGAAACGUGCGGCGGCGGAGAGGCCAUUAGAUGUCCGAAGUGUCAAACCCUCAGUCAAGUUCCUGCAAGCGGUGAUCUUAAAGAUCUUCCGACCACCUUUUUUCUUAACGGCUUAAUCGACGUUCUUGCCAUCAAAGAAUGUUCAAAUACUCAAGUGACAUGCGGCAACUGCGAUAAGAAGAGUUCGGUAGCAUCAUAUUGUUUCCAGUGUUGCAUAUUUUAUUGCGAAGAAUGCUUAAUCGGUCAUAACAUCAUGCGGAACAAAAAGGAACACCGCGUUUUGAACCUCAAAGAGUUUCAAGACAAAGACUACGAGGAUGUAUUGAAGCGACCAGUAUUUUGUUCAAGACAAGGACACCAAAAGAAGAAGCUUAAAUUAUUUUGCAAGGAAUGUGAAACAGCAGUUUGCCAAACUUGUGUUAUGCUAGAUCACAAUGGUCAUAAGUUGACGCUGAUCGAGGAAGAAGCUGAGAAUCAAAGACUCGAGAUAAAAACUGUUAUCGAAACACAACGACAUAACUUAGACGAAAAAAUGAACGUAGUCGCUCAACUAGAUGAAGAUUACGCUAAAGUGAUUCAACAGAGCGAAACUUUGAAGGGUAAUGUCCAAAAAUUUGCUGAUGGAUUGAUAAAAACAAUUCAAGCAAAAAAGCAAAAUAUUAUUGACGCGGUCGAAAACCAAACGAAGAAGUCACUUGAAAGUUUAACAGCAAAAAGAGGUGAGAUUCAGCGUCAGAUAAAGAUUAUUGAAUCAUCACUGGAAGAAGCUGAUAAACUUUUAAAACGAAGCACCACCGCGGAAGUUGUUCAGCUUAAAAAAACACUGGAAACAAUCUUUGAGGGAGUGAAUGAGAGAGAGCCUAUUGUUCAUGAUUCCAGAAGUCUGCAAACUUUUGUUUUUGUAGAAAAUCAGAAGAUGCAUGAUAUUGUCAACAGCGAAGAUAUUGGAUUCUUGGAAGGACCCGCUUAUAGAACAAAAGCACGUGAAUCUUUGGCUGAAGGUGAAGGACUGAAAGAAGGGACUGUUGGACGUAAAGCUCAAUUCAAUUUGAUCACAAGAAACGCAGAGAGAAAGCAGGGAUAUGAUAAACGGGAUCAGGUAACGGUGGAGAUCAAGGACGAGCAAGAACAAGAAUGCGUGACGGAAGUGCGAAUAGAUGACAACAAAGAUGGGACCUACAACGUCAUGUAUUAUCCCAGAAAACAGGGGACAUUGAAAAUAUUUGUCAGAGUAAACGGGGAGGAUAUUUGUGGUAACCCUUGUACUGUGACAAUAAAACCAUUUCAUGUCAAACCUGUUUUAUCUUUUGGAAAGGAAGGCUUGGGUGAUGGAAUGUUUCGGUAUCCUUUUGGGAUUGCUGUGAAUGACAAAGACGAAAUAGUAGUAGCUGACUAUGGAAGCCAUCGGGUUCAAGUGUUUGACAGUAAUGGUACUUUCUUAAAAUCUUUUAGCCACGAAGGUCAAACUCCUGUAGAGUUGAAGGGUCCUACAGGAAUUGCCAUUGAUAAGGACAGAAAUAUUUUUGUAGCAGAGUAUGAUAACCAUAGAGUACAGAUCCUUAGUUGGGAGGGGAGGCAUCUGGGAUCAUUUGGCGGGCAAGGAAGUCGUAAUUGUCAGCUCUACCAGGUUCGGGGUUUAUCCUUAGAUAGUACUGGUAAUGUUAUUGUUGCUGAUACAGGAAACAAAGUGAUUAAGAUCUUUACUCCGGAUGGUAGGUUUGUAAUGAACAUAGGUGGUCAGGGUUCUCUUGGUUUUCCUGUUCACUGUGUUCAGUGUGGUGAAUAUUACUUUGUGUCAGACUACGCUGAACAUUGUAUCAAAGUAUUUAACAGGGAGGGGCAUUUUCAGUACAAGAUCGGUAAGCAGGGGAAGGGGGACGGGGAGUUUAAUGAUCCGUGGUUUUUGUCAGUGACUCAGUCAAAGCACCUCUUGGUCUGUGAUCGGAGUAAUCAUAGAAUACAAGUCUUCGAACUAGAUGGAAGGUUUGUUGGCAAAUUCGGUGCAAAAGGCAGCAACUUAAGAGAAGAUAUUGCGCCAUUCUCGGUAGCUGUUCUCAGUAAUGACCAAAUUGUGGUAUCUGAGUACAAUAAUAAUCGAAUUCAAAUAUUUGAAUGA